GCUGAAAUUCUCCAAAUUCUUCUUUUGCCCGUCAGUGUGAGUCAGAGAUGUUUUCACUUUCACAUCAGGACACAUUAACAAGUUAACUCAGCAGCGACGUGCAGAGCAUUUGCAUUUCGUCUCGUGUACAGUGGAGGGAUUAGCGACUUGGAGCUCUGAGGCUUUUGGGUUUCCUGCUCGGUGGAGCUUUGAUAUUGAGCUUAUAGACGCACACACACAGUCAGAGGAAGUGGUGAACGUGUUUCCUGCCCCUCACACACACACUGAGGCAGACACACACACACACACACACUGAGGCAGAGGAGGGGAAAGCAGAGCUCAAGCGAGAGAAGGUCUCAGGCAGCAGCAGCAGCAGCGAGCGAAGAAAAUGGCGAUCAUGCAGGACGAGUUCCUCCCCUCGUAGAUGCUGCACAACGAGCUGACUUUCUUCUAGCCUUACCGCCGGCGGUCCUUUCCACUCUGUUGCACUUUACCCUUCGAUGAGAGAUUUGGAAUCGGAAGCUGUUGCCACCAAAGAAACUGAAGCAUCUUAACAGGGAUCAAACCCAUAGAGGGAAGAACAGUGGAUGGAAGAGAGAGAGAGACGGAGAGUGUGAAGAGGAAGGAGGAUAAGAAAAUACAAGACUGGACAAAAGUGCCGGAGCAAGCCAAGUUGAGGCAGAGUCCUAAAUCAAGACCACCACCCCCCUUCCCCCUCCCCGCUCACACACUUACGUGCACACAAAAACACACAUACAGUCUUCAGCAAUGCCAACGGGGCCUGGUCAGCCUUCUGCCCGCUCUGAUAAGCCCCGCCUUGUCACUUCAGGCCCUUGAGGCUGUGUCCUCCUGAGCUUCGACUUUUAACCUCCCCUCUGUCGACCUGGGAUCCAGAGGUCGCCCGUUCUCCACUCAGCCCAGGGACGCCCUCCUGCACCGCCAGGAGCCGCAGCCACCAGCCACACUGUCAGGCAUGGCUCCCAUUCGGGAUUCCGUCAGCCACUCCCCUAAUCAAACAGGUCUGGAGCAUCCUGGCUUGGACUCGCAGUAUGAGCCUUCCCCUUGGUCCUCUGGCUCUCCCUGCAGCACUGAUAGCAACAGCAACUGGGGCAAAGUCCUAGUGGACGGAAGUACCGACAAACCCAACAUCCCCUCUUCAACCAACUCUUCUGUCUGGCCUCCCUCCUCUUCCUCUUUCUCUUGCUCCUCUUCUUCCUCCUCUUCUGGUUGUGGGUCAGGAUCAGACCCUGAGCUGGCAUCAGAAUGCAUGGACGCUGACUCUAGCUCCUCAAUCGGCUCAGAGAAAAACCUCUCUGCUGUUGGUGUGACAACAGUGAUGAUGAUGUCAGCAAAUGCUUCCUCCUCUGUGUCUUCUACGGCUUCUUCCCCCUCUUCGGUGACGUCUGCAAUGAUGGUCGGCGUUUCUGUGAAUGGAGACAGCAACGGCAACAGUCGCCAGGUGAUUGGCGGAGGAGCAAAUAAUGGAAAUAACAAUAUCACAGGGUCCUCCCACUACUCCGUGGCGGGGUCCAGCAGUAUUGGCAGCAAUAACAUGGGUAGCCACAACAUCAAGCUCGUCAACAGCAGUAGUGUAUGGGGCACCCAGUCAGGCAGCAACAUGAUUACCACAGGUGGAAGCACCCCCUGCAUCAACGGAGGGUUAAACCCAAACACUUUAAACCCAAAUGCCAACCACGGUGCCUGGCCCCAGAAUCCAACCCCAAGCCCAGGGUCCCAAAGGCCCCCGGGGAUAAGUUCCAAACUGGGUAUAGCCCCCCAACAGGGUCCUUUGCUGGGCUGGGGUGGCAUGGCAGCUCCAGACAACAGCAGUAUGAUGGAAGUCACUGAUAUGAGUAAUGGUACAGCAAGCAGCAACAGUGGAAAUGGUGGCCUGCAGUCUACCAACCUUAACACUGAAUCCAAUGGACCAAAUAACACUAUUAUGAUGAAUACUACUACUACUACUACUAAUGCCACAAUGACCUCUAGUCCACCAAACUCUACCGCCUCACCCCAACUCAGUGGGGAUUGCUCCUGGGGUUCCAUUGGAGGAGGGAAUGGGGGUCCGCUGGCCAAUGGAAACCCCUCAUCAGCCCCCCAGAACCCCCAAGGAGAGCCGGGAGUUGCUGGGGCCUUCGGUACGCCUUGGGGCGCGACUACCUACCCUGGAGACAAGGGCCCCCCAAAUGCAGACACUGUGAACCCACAAAAUCCUGCCUUAUUGCAGGCUGGAAACCCCCAAAUCUCCUCUACUGCUGCUUACAAGAGUAAUAAUAACCACAAUAACACUGGGGCCCCGCGCUGGGACCAGGGGCCUGCCAAUAAUCCAAACCAGCCUCAGAGCAACUCGUCCUGGGGUGUCGGCUCCAAUCAAAUCCCAGGCUCUGCAGGCCCAGGCAAUGGGAACCAAACUACGAUGGGCCCUCCAGCAGGGAUCCCUCGCCCUUGGGGGAGCAGCACAUCAUCUUCCUCCUCAACCUCAUCGUCCUCUUCCACAACAAACAAGAUGUCAAAUGGAGAAUGGGGAUCAGCAGCUCCUGGUAACAGCACAGAUGCUGUAAGUCAGAAAGGAAGCUCAGCUAACAAUGGCUGGAAGAGCCUAGAGGAUGAUGCCAUGGGCAUGGGAGGUGGAACAGGUGGAACCCAAGGUGUGGGGAGUGUCACUGGAGGCUGGGGUCGCUCUGGAGGAAGUGAGGGAAGUGCAGAAAGCUCUGGAGGUCAAUCUAGCUCAGACAAAGAUGGCAGCCAGUCAAAAGGACUAAACCGCAGAAAAGAUACCCAUUCUCCAACAGUAGUAUCAGCCCUGCCCCGGGUCGAUGUGGACCCCCGGGUUCUGUCCAACACCGGGUGGGGUCAGACUCCCGUACGACAAAACACCACCUGGGACGUGAAGUCUCCAGUUAUCAAUCAGCCCCAGGGUCCAAGAAGAGAUGACAGAAAGCACAGCAGUGGAGGCUCCAGCUGGGGCACAGCAGGACCGGCAGCUCCCUCCCAGCCCUCUGGAGGUUGGGGUGGUCGGCCGAACAGCUCAGGUCAGGAUACAGGAGGUUCUAGCUGGGGAGACCAGAGACAAAACUCCGGUUGGGACAACAAACAAGUCUCAGCGAGUGGAGGUGGUGGGCAGAGUAGCUGGAAUGAUGGAUCCAGCUACAAAGGCAGCAACACCAGUAGUAACACAUGGAGCAACAACUAUAACAAAGAUGACAGGUCAAAUACCUGGACUAAUGCGCCCAAAGCGCAGCAGAGCUGGAGUUCCAACAGUGGAAAUGGAACUGAAGGGUGGGGUGGCGGUGGAGAAGGUGUCAGAGGAGGAGGCAACAAUCGCUGGGGGGAGCCCCAAAAAACUGCUGGCUCAGCGGGCUGGGAAGGCGACGGCGACCGGUCUGGCUCUGGAUGUUGGAACGAUUCCAGCCGAACCAACACAAACACCAGCAGCGGCAACACCUGGGUCGGGACUGGAGGAUCAAAUACUCAAGAUCAGAGCGCCUCAAACCAAGGUUCUAACUGGGGCGACUCAGUCCACAAACCCAAUUCUCAGAGCAACAGCCAGAGCUGGGGUGAGCAGCAGCAGAAGAACAGCCACCACGGGGCCCAGAACUGGGGUGAGACGACUCCCAAGCCCUCCAACGAGUGGGGAAAGGGUCCCGAACCCAACAUGUCCAGAGGCAACCAAGGCUCCAGCAAGCCCUCAGGCUGGCAGGGAGGCCCCAUACCCACAGGAGCUCAGAAAGAGGAAGUGUCUACUGGGUGGGAAGAGCCUUCUCCAGAGUCCAUACGGCGCAGGAUGGAGAUCGAUGAUGGCACCGCAGCUUGGGGAGAACCUGGCAAGAAACCUGUAGGAUCUGUCAACAUGAGGAACAAGACCGGCCAAUCUGACCAGGAGAACAAGGGCCCUCCGCCUCAGCACCAGCCUCACCCUCCCUCUCAGCACCACCCUCACCCUCAUCCCAACCCCCACCCUCACCCUCACUCCCACCCUCACCCACAACACAACUCCAUGCAUCCCCCCCAGCCCAUGCAGCCUCCUGCCCAGGAGAAAAACUGCAAUCCUGGUUGGGGUGAGCAAUAUCAGCAGCCGAAGGAGUCCUCAACAUGGAGGGACCCCGCCCCUCCGCCGCCCGUGUCGGUGGACAACGGGACGUCUGCCUGGGGGAAGCCCAUCGACAGCACUUGGGAAAAACCCAGCAGGGACAGCAGAGAGCCUGGUCCUGGCUGGGGUGGCCAGCAUAAGUCUGCUCCAGGUCCCAAGCCCAUGGAGACAUGGUGUGGUGAGGAUGGGUCCAUGGGCAAUAGCUGGGACCAGGAAGAAGAGGUGGAGAUUGGCAUGUGGAGCAACAGCCAACAGGACAACAGGUCUCAUGACCAAAACACCUGGAACUACAAGCAAAAAGUCGCAAACAAGAUGAACAAACCAGUCAACAAACAGGAUGAACCCUGGAUGAAACCUUUCAUGAACCAGUUCAGCGGCAUGAACUUUCCUAGAGACUCUCCCGACGACUCCAUGAAGACAGGAGCGGGGAUGGUGCAGGACAAGCGCAUGGACAUGAGCAAUAUGGGAGACUACAAUGGAGUUAUGGGGAAGAACCCUGGGUCUCGACACCAGCUCCACAAGGAGUCUCCCAUGGAUCGCAGCCCUUAUUAUGACAAGAAUGUAAACCCUAUGUUGGGUGGCAGCAGCGUAGCACAGGGCCGAGGCCCCCAGUCCCAAGUCCCCCCCCAACCCAACCUUCGUAACCAAGUGCCUCCACCCAUCCUGCCCUCUCAGGUCCCUCCAUCCCUGUUGAAGUACCCAGGAGGUAACGGAGGCCUGAACCCUAUUUUCGGACCUCAGCAGGUGGCUGUGCUCAACCAACUCACCCAGCUUAACCAGCUGUCACAGCUCAACCAGAUCAACCAGUUACAGCGUCUUCUCCUCCAGCAGCAGCAGCAGCAACAACAACAACAACAGCAGCAACAGCAACAACAAAAAGCUCAGAGCCAGAGAGCAAUGCCCAUGGGACGACAGCCUGAACAGACACGUCCUAUCGGUUCGUCUCCAUCAAUGAUGCAGCCCCCACGGCACCUGGACCCCUCACGGCACCUGGACCCCUCUUUGCUAAAACAGCCCCCACCUCACAAACCGUACCUGGAUAACUACUUGUCCCACAAUACACCUGAUAUGCAGAAGGAUGCUUCCUCUCUUGGAUCCUUCAGCAACUUCCCUUUAAGCUUGAACUCUAACAUGAAUGUACCCAUGGACAUGGGUGUUGGUGGCGGUAGUAGUGGUGGCGGAGCUGUGAGCUACAAAGAGCCGCCCCAGUCCAGAAUGAAGAAACUGUGGGCUACUGAGCCUAUGGAGCAGAACAGCAAAUCUGGUGCUAUGUCGUCUGGGCUGCGUCUGGAGGACUCUCCCUUCUAUGACUUCCUGUCUCCUGGCCCCUCUCCCCUGAGUCCUCCGGGCCAAUCAAUGGGCUCGGUGGGCGAUGGCUGGCCGCCCCGUGCCAACUCCCCCCCGACCAUUGGAAACACUGUCGCCUGGCCCCCAGAGUUCCGGCCCGGGGAGCCUUGGAAAGGUUACCCUAACAUUGACCCUGAGACUGACCCCUAUGUGACCCCCGGCAGUGUCAUCAACAACCUCUCCAUCAACACCGUCCGUGACACAGACCACCUCAGGGACAGGAACAACGGGCCAUCCUCAUCACUGAACACCACGAUGCCUUCUAACAGUGCCUGGUCAUCCAUUCGUGCCUCCAGCCACAGCGGUUCCCUCACCAGUACAGCACAAAGCACUUCAGCCAGACCCAGCGAGUCAAAGUGGUCUCCCGGUGGCGGUUCUGUGUCCAACUCCUCCCUAGCCCAUGAGCUGUGGAAGGUCCCCCUGCCCCCCAAGGCGAUGUCCGUGGCAGCCCCCUCCAGACCUCCACCUGGCCUCACCAGCCAGAAGCCCAGUCCUGCUUCCUCUGGCUGGGAUGCCUCUUCCCUGAGGAUGGGGGGUUGGGGCUCCACUGAGUCCAGAUACACACCUGGUUCCAGUUGGGGUGACAGCAGCAGCAGCAGCUCAGUGAGAACCCAAUGGCUCGUUCUGAAAAAUCUCACACCUCAGAUUGACGGCUCUACCCUGAGGACCUUGUGCAUGCAGCACGGCCCUCUGAUCACAUUCCACCUCAACCUGCCACAUGGUAACGCUGUGGUAUGCUACAGCUCCAAGGACGAGGCCGCCAAGGCCCAGAAGAGCCUGCACAUGUGUGUUUUGGGGAACACUACUAUUCUGGCUGAGUUUGCCAGCGAGGAGGAAAUCAACCGUUUCUUUGCACAAGGGCAGUCAUUGGCCACUCCCUCCUCCAGCUGGCAAGCCAUCGGCUCCCCUCAGACCAGAAUGGAGUCUCACCCCUUUCCCAGCCGCGCUCCUGAACCGAACCAGUGGAACAGCAGCGAACUACACAGCUCCUCCCUCUGGGGCGGGCCCACCAACUAUUCCAGUAGCCUGUGGGGGAACCCCAGUGGCACCGAGGCAGGGAGGAUCAGCAGCCCUUCUCCAAUCAGCUCCUUCCUCCCGGUGGAUCACCUGACAGGGGGUGGGGACUCCAUGUGAACCGCCUGCCAAUCAAACUGGCUGGGGGAUGGGUCAGUAGAGAAUUAUCAAUAAUCAGCAGAAGAAAAUGAAAAAAAAAAAAAGUAGUUAAAAACACAAAGGCACUAGUUGGACUCUUUCUCACUUACAAGAUAUUCAACAAAACGGGGUCUCCCUGUGGAAUACAAGUUACGUUUCUCUCUCUGCACAUAUGUCCACUUUGUUUUAGCCCAAAAACAUAUCAGUCGGAAUACUUGAAUCAUGCAGGCCAAUUCUAUAAUGUGAACAGAUGGAUAUUUGCUUCCAGGUAGUGCUCUUUCAGACCGAAAAAAGCUUCAAUCGAGCUCAUUAUUAUAUAUAUAUAUUUUUUGUUUCAUUCAUCAUGUUUAUUUGAAUUCCAAUUCUUUUUAUUUGUUUUUUUUCUUUUUUUGCAUUUGUUUGCUGACAAUGUUGGAGUAUGAGCUUUUUUAACUUUGCACUGAAUGUGGUUUUUUCUCAGUAUAUAUAAUCUGCAAUAUAGAGGGAGCAGCCAGUUUUUCCAGUGUAGCUGUUUACUCAUUGAGGUCCUUACCGUAUGUGUGUAUACCUGUGCACACGCACGUGUGUGGAAGUACUUUGUGUGUGUGUGUGACUGCGUGUGUGAAUGAGUAUGUGUGCGCUCCUCUCUGCCUUGGCACGCCUACCUUACUGCGUUGUCGUGGAGUUCAAGAUCAACAGAUAGUAGAAGAAGAGUAAAAGCUGACUUAGGAGGAUUAUCUGGUGAUAGUAAAAGUGACAUUAAAAAAAAAAGUAUUGCACCAAUUUUGUUUUAAAACUAAAGAACGUUGAGCUCUGCAGUGCAAAGGACUGUAGCCGCAGCUGGGACUAGCAAACCCCGCCCACCUUAAUAUAGGGGCGGGGUCUAUCUAGCAAGCCCUCCCGCGAGCCCCCUAGUGGGCAGGGUGGGGAACAGCACUUUCAGAAUAGGCUUUCAAUGUUUUGGAGGUGCCACACCGCAACCUCUUGUUUACAAGACUUAGGAGGCGAGACGUGUGUUCAUUCUUCAUUUUAAAGAGAAGAUGGAAUAAAAUAAAAUUUAAAAAAUACACAAAAAAAAAUAAAAAAAUCAUUUUUAAAAAAACGUGAAAAAAAACCUUUAAAAAAAAAUAAGAAAAACAAGAAAAAAUUUACACUCUUACUGAGGAUGAAGAUGAUGCUUUGUAACUCUGGGAAUUCGGAUCAGUGUUUUUGGCCAUGGCGUUGGUUAUUUGAACUAUUCCUCUCUGUCUGCUAAAUAACCAGCAAUGGUUCUCAGGAAAUCAAGCCAGUUUUCCCCCCCUUGUAGUUGAAUAAAAAAAAAAAACUACUACUCCUUGUAGGAAAGGAAAAUCCAACUUCUAGCACUGAAAACGAUGUAUAGGUCUGUAAAAAAAAAAAAAUUCUCUGCCAAAUAACUGCUUUAAGCUGGAGAAGCUCAACACACUGCUUUCAAUAUGCUGUCUUUUGGGGGGGGUCCUAAUGUUGGGGGGGGUUGUGGAGGGCGAGCUGUAGAAAACUCAACGCUCCCUCUCUCCUCCUCUUCCGCCACUCCUCCACUCCACUGAUGUUAAAAAGAAAAAAUCAAAAGUGGGGAGUGUGUAACUGUGUGAGUGUGUGAUUGUCAGUGGAAGAUGUUUUCUUGUCGGACUUAAAAACCAAGAGAAAGGCGAAUCUGUAUCUAUGCAUACUGUAGCCUCUCACAUGGCCUACUGAGAGGCGUUUGUUUUUUGUUUCUUCCUUUUUUUUUUCUCCGUGUCUCAAAAUGUUUUAAAUGUUUCAUCGAGUACAACAAAAAUGACAAAUAUUACUUGCUUCUUUUCUUUUUCUUUUAUUAUUAUGAUUUUUUUUUUUUUUUUAAAUCGCUCUCAUUGCCACAAAUGGUGUUUUUGAAAAAAGGAAAGAAGAAGAAGAGAAAAAUCUCAAAAAAAAAAAAAUCUCUUGUUUUGGUUGAAGAUAAUAUUUUUAACAGUGCAAAAGUCGUCCACAUUUCAUUGCCUUGAUCCUAAUUGUGUCCGAAGAUGCAACAACAAGUCAAGUGGCUUCUACCUGUUUACAAAUAGAAUAUGAUUGUAUUGUUGAACUGUUUUAUUUGUUUAUUUUUUCCUUAUGGGUGUGGGGUUGGGAGGGGGGGGUACUCAUCUGAAGUUCCUGAUCUGAUGAAUCGUUUGUGUGUGUGUGUGUUUGGAUGCGUGUGUGUGUGUUUGGAUGCGUGUGUGUUUGUGUUUUGGAUGUGUGUGUGUGGAUGCUGUGUACUGGCAGACGUGAGUUCUCCCGCCGCGGGGGCGAAGGAGUCGGCACGCGGGCGGGAGUCGUGGUCAUGUGUGCGAUUUAGCGUGAAUGUAGAUCCACCAGUGGUGUUUGUCAUCGAAAUACACGUGUGAAUAACAGAAUUACAUAUUAUACCAGUGAUUGUUUAGUAACUAUGAUGCACAAUUUUUUCGGGGAAAAACAAACGCUUCACAGAGUGCGUGCACGAGAAGUCAGCAUUAGCGCGAAGCCAUGGACCUUAAUUUCUUUAUCUUCAUCGUGUAAUUAUUCUGUGUUAAGCCUGUUGUGUGUGUGUGUGUGUGUGUGUGUGUGUGUGUUUUCCCCGCUUCAAUAUUGGUUUUUAUUUCAGAGAUACUAAACAUGUUGGCUUUAGUUGUGUUUUUAAGUUUAGCCGUGAAUAUUUAACAACUUCAAAGCUUACGUAGGGAGACAGAACCUUGAGUAUUAGCCAGACUUGACAGUGGUGUGUGCCAGUAUUGAACUGCUCUCUACCAAAUAAUUCAAUUAUACAAAAGAUUAGUUUACUUAAUUCCAGAUCUUUUUCUUUUUUUUGUUGCUUAAACUAUAUAUGAAUAUAUAAAUAUAUCUUGUGUGUUUUUGUCUUGUUUAACGACUGUUAGCAAGUGGAACAUCUGAACCAUGUUUGUCAUUUGUUGUGUUGAGUUAACUUAAUUUGACAAAUUGAACUGAGGAGCCUUGGAUUUUGCACUUGGGUGGAUUGGAGGAGAGGCCGGUCGGUCGGUCGGUCGGACAGACGGUGGCGCUGUUGUGUGAAUUUUCAGGUCUGUCUGAGGGAGAGGGUGCAUCAGUGCGUGUAUUGUGACAGGGUAGUGUGUGUCUGUGAGUGUGUACAUGUCUUUCUAUGGUUGUGUGGACAAAUUUUAGGUUUGAAACCAUCGUUGUGAGCACAUUUUGGUCAGUCCUCACAACCUCAAAGGGCUGUUUGAGGGUUCAGACUGUUGUUGGGCAAAGGUUAGACACUUAUUUGUAAUGGUUAAUGUCAGGGUUGGGGUGGGGGGGGGGGGGAGCUGGGGAUGCAUUGUGGCCCUGCUCACUCCCUGGCCUCUAACUCAAUCUGCAGAAUGUGUCUCCACAUGUGCAUCAAGUGUCACAGUGCCUGUGAUCGGACCUCACUUUACUGCACCAUAUGCAAAUGAAUACAAACAUUAUUUUACCUUUUGCAAAGACGAAUGUUGCUUCAAGCCUGUAGGAAGCAGCAUGUUCCAGACUAAUCACCCAAAUCCUUGACUCUAACGUUUCUCUGUGGGCUCUGUGAAUCUUAAAGGACAGAUUCAGCUGAUAGGAGACUGAACGAGUGUUUGUUCUCUUCUGAAGAGGACGUCAGAUGAGUCGGUGGUCCAGGAAACAUCUGAAGCUCAAAGCAGCUCGGAUUGAACUCAGAGAAUUCACUUAUCUAAUUUGUUAUCAGUGCAUCCUGGGUAUUUUCACACCAGGUAAGAGCAGUGUCCCUGUAGAGGAGUGUUCUCACAACUUGUGUGUGUGUGUGUGUGUGGCUAAGUGUUCUUAAGUUGUGUGUCUGCUGUUAAAGAGACGAUGGUGCUUUGUUGGUCCCGGUGAGGGAGUGAGAGAAGGGUGAGGGGGGGUGUUGUCCCCCUCUCCGGGUUUACCUCUCCCUGUUGGCCGGGCGGGCCGGUCAGAGCGGUGAGCGCGCCGCCUGAGCUGAGCCAGAAUGUAGCUGCAAACGGUUUUUAAUUACAAAGGGGCGACCGGGGCCUCGACCUCCGGCCCCCCCGAUCAGCCUCAAAACAUGGAGCCAUUGUGCGGAAAAGUGAAAUUAAGCAACCACUGCUCGUUGUAUUUGAAUAAGUAUUCUGCUACUGUCCUGACUGUGCCUGGUUGUCACUGUGACAGACGGUGGCCGCUGCCCUGGAGAUGCUCGCAUCCUGAGGCCGACUGAAACAAGGCUUCUCGUUUGCCCGCGGUGACUCAGGCUGACCUGGGAUCAGCUGCUUCCUCCGGGCGAUUCAGGGACACCGGGUUGCACUUGCCUCUUCGCUCCCUCUCCGACUCCUAAGCUUAACUACAGGAGAGGGGAAACAAAACUGACAGGAGGUCGGGGGGGGGAGUGAACUCUAAAAUGGUCUUUAUUCCCUUUCCACUCUCGAUGGAAUUCUUUUACACUUCGUUCAUUCUGAUUUUUGGCAGCGCUCGUCUCCUAGUGCUGAUCUGGGAGAAGUUGAAACCUCCUGUGAGGAGGCUGCUCUGCUGUUAGAGAAGGGACAAGCAAUGUCUGUAAACCGCCUCCCAUUGAUGUUGACGUUACCUUUCGGUUCCCAGCUUGAUCUUUCUCUGUAGCUGUCGUCCAAUCUACUGUUCAGUGUGCGUGUGUGUGCGUGUGUGGGAAGAGCGAAAACCCAGUCUCGUACAGAAGCUGUGUUCAAACACAGAAUCAUGCCAAAUUGAGGAGGGAGGGCGAGAGGGAAGGAAAGGGAUCGAGGAUUUUAUGAGUUUUUCUUUGUUAUUUUGUGUGUUUGUGCGUGUGUGUGUGUAUUUAAAAAGCUGGACAAUGUUAAAUGCUUGAAGAAAAAUGUCAUUUGCAAAAGGAUGAUGUGAGGAAAAUCUUUUCAGUAAGUGAAAACCACCACGAGCAAUGUACAAUCCCCAGGGCUGCCGAGCAGCUUCCCGACAGGGCCAGGUGAAGGGAGGGAGGGAAGGAAGGAAGGAAGCUAGGAUAGAGGAAAGAGGAGGGAAGCUGGCUGGUGAUACUCUACUACUUUUUAAUAUUUAAGAAAAAUAAUGUGACUUUUGUUUUUCUCUUGACUUAACUAUCCUGUGAGCAAAUGCUACAUUACAUCACAACACACACCCAACGGCUCCUACUGUCGAACAAAAGCGCGAAGGCUGUUUUUUUGUAACACACAAAAAAAAACACAAAAAAAACAAAA